GGGACAGUAACUCUGCAAUUUCGCCAAUCGCAUGUGCACGCAUUGUGCAAAUCCGAUUAAUGCGCCCGAUAAAAUGAAUUGUUGAUUUCUUCGUGAACAUUUUUAUGACCAAUUCGUGUGCAUCGAUCACCACUCGGACACUUACGUUUUUACUUUUUUAAUUGCUUUUCGAGCAUCAGCGACGUUUCGAGCUUAUCAACAUGCAUCUAUGAGGCAAGAGCAAUGUACUAAGUAAAUCGCGUACCAGCUGACAAGCGACACGUAUAUAUACACACAUCUUUUAAUCCCACCUGUGUCGCGUGUGUUAACAAAGUUUUUGUACUCUAGUGUGUAUACAUUUUUUAACCUAGAGGGAGACUACAAGCAUUUGACUGAUUACCAUUUCAUGCUGUGAAGUAAAAAGUCAUUGACAUGGGUGGAAUAAUGAGUUACUUUCGUAGCCUUAUUGGCAGUCGAGAGAUGAGAAUCCUUAUAUUAGGUUUAGACGGAGCAGGCAAAACUACUAUACUGUACAGAUUGCAAGUUGGAGAAGUUGUUACUACCAUUCCCACAAUAGGCUUCAACGUCGAACAGGUGACUUACAAAAAUUUAAAAUUUCAAGUGUGGGAUUUAGGUGGUCAAACAAGUAUAAGACCUUAUUGGAGAUGUUAUUAUUCUAAUACCGAUGCAAUAAUCUAUGUUGUUGAUUCAGCUGACAAAGACAGGAUAGGAAUAUCUAAAGAUGAAUUAUUGUACAUGUUAAGGGAAGAUGAGCUACAAAAUGCUAUUUUAGUGGUUCUGGCCAAUAAGCAAGACAUGCCAGGCUGUUUGUCAGUAGCGGAAGUUCAUCAAGCCCUUGGUUUAGAUGCUUUGAAAAAUCGUACGUUUCAAAUUUUUAAAACCUCUGCAAAACGUGGUGAAGGACUGGAUCAAGCCAUGGAUUGGUUAUCCAAUGCACUUACAGCUAAAAAAUGAUCCAAGAGAACUGCAGAACUAACAAAGACUCAGUUUAAUGAACUCAAUAUCUGCAGUUUUGCAACUUUAGGUAUCAUACUUCUAUUGACUAAAUAAUCUACAAGGUAGAACAAAACAAAGCAGAUAAAUAUACAAAAAUUUAUAAAGUCAAGAAAAAGUUGAAUUCGAAUACAUAAACAAGCAUGAAAGUGAUGAGUGAUGAAUUUUUGAAUGAGCGAAUGAAUUCGUAUUUUUGUAUUGUAUUAAAACUUUUGUCUGUUCAAUAGUACUUUAUAAUUUUACAAUGUAUGCAUGUAAAAAUAUAUUUAUAGACGUAUAAAUAAUAAUGGAGAAUAAUGUUUUACUUUAGUUUUUUGCAACUGUGAACAUUCUUACACAAUUAAUUAGAUAUUUUGAAACAAAAAAAGAAAACGAAAUGAAAUUCUAUAUAAUUAUAGCUAAAAUGGCAGGGCUGUCAGAGUAUUGAAUGACUAAAUCAACUGUACUAUAUCACGAAUAUUCUUGAAAAAUUUCGUAAUAACUAUCUUAUACCAAUAUUUUCAAGUUGCUGUACGAGCUAAACGAAUAUUGAGACUUUUUAUGCAGCACAUUUUUGUGAUUCGCACAAGUCCAUCAUCAUUAAGGCACACAUUAUAUAAAUGAAUUAUGAAAAUGUUUAAUAAACAGAAUUAUACCUUAAAA